AUAAAGUGCAUCUUCAACAUUGAAGAAGAGAGUGUAAAGAGUAAACACCAGAUUCACUUGUGCGUGGUGUAGCAAUCACUAGGGUUAGGGUUAGGGUUGCUUUCGGAAUUUCACAUGGCUGGCGCCGGCAUCCACCCUUACCACCAACAAUGGCCACCGUCCGCCGCUCCUCCUCCUCCACCUACCGCCGUUCCUUCCCCUUCCACCGAAGAGGUUCGAACUAUAUUCAUAACGGGACUUCCAGAAGAUGUAAAGGAGAGAGAAAUCCAGAACCUACUUCGAUGGUUACCAGGCUUUGAAGCUUCUCAGUUGAAUUUCAAAGCUGAGAAGCCUAUGGGUUUUGCUCUGUUCAGUUCUCCUCAUCAAGCUAUUGCUGCUAAAGAUAUUCUUCAGGAAAUGCUGUUUGAUCAUGAAUCCAAGUCCGUUCUUCAUACCGAGAUGGCCAAGAAAAAUCUCUUUGUUAAAAGAGGAGCUGAUGCAGGUGCUUUUGAUCAAAGUAAGCGGUUACGAACAGCUGGGAAUUAUACACAUACUGCUUAUGUAACCCCAUCUCCUUUUCAUCCUCCACCACCAUCUGUUUGGGGACCACAUGGAUAUAUGGCACCGCCACCUCCUCCUCCUGCUUAUGAUCCAUAUGCAGGCUAUCCUGUUGCACCAGUACCAAUGCCUGCUCAAGUUUCUAUCGCAGCGCCCAGCAGUUAUGUUCCAGUUCAGAACACUAAAGAUAAUCCUCCUUGCAACACCCUGUUUAUUGGGAACUUGGGAGAGAACAUUAAUGAGGAAGAAGUGAGGGGCCUUUUCACUGUACAACCCGGUUUUAAGCAAAUGAAGAUUUUAAGGCAGGAGAGGCAUACCGUCUGCUUCAUUGAGUUUGAAGAUUUGAAUAGUGCUACAAAUGUACACCACAAUUUACAGGGUGCUGUUAUCCCAAGUUCUGGUUCAAUUGGCAUGCGGAUACAAUAUUCCAAAAAUCCAUUUGGGAAAAGAAAAGAUGGGAACCCUACUGCUGCUCCUGGUUCCAACGGAGCCCCAGUAGCAAUGACUUAUCAGUAGCUUGAAGGGGAUGUACUCUGUUCUUUAUGCUCCAACCAAUAUUACUACAUAAUAGGAUGCAUCUUGCAGCUGUUACAUGCAUCCAUUGAUUAUCAAGUCAUCACCAUUAUUAUCCCUGCUCAUGUUAAUGAAUGCACAGUGGCAUCAUAUACAUUCAUUUGGCUAUGUUAUACUGAUCAGACAUGCAUUUCUUGGUAGCAUGUGUUGGUUCCCAAAAUUACUUUCAUAGGUGCUAGAUGAUGUUAUCAUUUGUAGAAACUGUGCAUGGGUCUAAAUUUCGUUUUAACUGUGUGCCUUAUGGUCGUUAGACUUUCUGUAUACACUGGUAUUAGGAAUGCUUAUCGAAGCAGGCAUUGGCAUCUUAAUGUGUUGUUUAUUUGACAUGACAUCUUAAUGCUACCCUUUCCACUCAUUCCCAUUCCCAUUGUCAUUACACCGCAUUUUAAUUUGUCUUCUAAAGUACUACACUCCCAUGCUUUGGACUUUAGAAGAGUUUUUGUUUGUUUAAACUACAUCCACACUGGCAUUCAUCACUCCAUUUAAUCAGAGCAUUAGUGUUAAUGCGUUGAAGUUAAAAGUUUUUAAAGGAAAUCAUCGGAGUUAUAUAUUGUCUGAUUUAUACAGGGUUGCAAAAUGACAAAGCUACAUUUCAUAAUGGAAAGUCCAUUUCUGCUACUGCCAUAUUGUUGCAGGUGAUUUUUGUUUGCACGGCUAAGGUAAUCUACCAUCAAAUUUGGUUGGAACAUCUGUUGGAUAUUAUCAUGCGAAGCAGCAAUUGAGUUAUAGCUGCCCUGUGGCAAUGAGUUUGUGAUUAACUGUACAUGUUAGUUCUAUGCAAUAAUUGAAUGUCUAAACUUA